GAAGGAGAUUGAUAAAAAAAAUAUUUACGGAUCUUUGGUGAAUACUAAGUGCAAAUAUAUAUAGCAAAUUGUUGCGGCAUGACCUCAAAUACAAUGGAAACAAGAACUACUCCAAAGCGGAGAAGACUGGUAAAACAGUAUCAAAGCAACAAGCAAUUCAUGUAGAAAAAUAUAGCAGAAAUUCAUAAGCAGCAGCAUUUUAUCUCUCCCAUGAUGGCUGGUGGUCAUGGAAAAAAGAGAGUGACUCUUAUGCCUUCUAAGCAAAGCACUCAAAAAGAAGUCCCAAUUUCCAAAAGAAUGAAAAGUACGCCGAACCAGAAAAUUAGAGCUAGUGAAGAAGAACCAGAAAAUCUUAAAAAGCGUCCAACCAUGGGUAUGGAUAAAUUUUUGGAGACACAUGGGAUUCAUUUGGAAAGAGAAGAUGACCAUUUUGAACCAAGUGUUGAAAAUGAAAGAUCUAUUCAGGAAAAACAACAAAAUCUUAGGAAGAUAAAUACAAAAUCAAGUUGUCAAGCCAUGGCACUUGAUACAUUUUUGGAGACAAAUGGGAUUCAUGUGGAAGGAGAGGAGGAACAUAGUGGAGCAAAUGCUAAUGAAGUUGGAGAUGAUGAUGAUGAUGAUGAUGAUGAUGAUUUCUCGGAUGAUGAGGACUAUGUUGGUGAAUAUGAUGAAGAUGCAGUUCUUCAUGGUGAUGACAAUUACCUUAUGGAAACUAACAAUGUUAAAGAUACUCCAAAGACUAGAAGGACACGAGAAAAAACAAGGUGUGCUAAAAUCCAUGCAAGAAGUUGGGAAGAAAGAGAAGAGGUGACUUUUUAUAAAGGACAAGCAGUGGGACCAACUCCAAGAAGAGUGAAGGACUUAACUUACUUUAUUGGAACAAUGGGAAGGAAUAGUGAUUUCAUAACAUUGAUGUACACUAGUUGAAAAGCUGUGCCCCUCAAAGUCAAAAAGCGCAUAUGGAAAUAUAUUAACAUAAGUGUUUUAUUUCUCAUCUAUUUUUUAUGAUCUGAAAUUUUCCAAUUUCGUAUGGUUUAGAUGUAGUUUUGUAAAAAUAUAUAGCUGCUGUUUUAUUCUACAGUUUUGUCUUUGUUUUUAGUGUUCUUGAAUUGUCAUUUACAAUUUUUGUUUUGUACUUUUUCGUAGUCAAAGUUCAUUCUUCCAAAAGAGGGAAAAGAGUGGGUGAUGACUGGUGUUCGAGAAGCUUGGAAAGGUUACAAAACAAGAAUCAAGGGAAAGCAUUUUGAGAGAUAUAACAACAUUGAAGAUAUGCUGAAAAAUCACCCUUUAGAUAUUCCAGAAGUUCAAUUUCAAAAGUUAAUUGCAUAUUGGAGUAUUCCUUCUGUUAAGGUGAGUUGUAGAAUAAAUAAUUCUGUUU